AUGUCGACCAAGUCGCUGGCGCUCACGCUCACCCGGCCGAAGACCCUGGAGCUCCGAUCCGUGUGGCAGGAUGAGACUUUGCGAUCCGGACAGCUGCUGGUACAGGUGGAGUACAGCAGCGUCCAGCCCCAGGACGGGGACAUGUUUAACUGCAGUGGGCGGUUCACUGAGCUCGAGCUGCCACAUGUUCUCGGGGUCGAGGGUGUCGGCGUGGUGCUAAAGUCUCGGUGUGAGACUUUUGAGGAGGGGGCCAGGAUCGCCUUCAUUUUGAAGAAGUUCUUCAGCGACGAGAGCCAUGGCUGCUGGCAGCGCCGGCUCAUUCUGGAUGAGCACCGGGCAAUGAUCCUGAGAGUGCCUGCUGUCGUUGGUCUGAAUCAAGUUGCAGCUUGCACCACAUCCACUGCUGCCGCCCUCGCCUUUCUCAAGUACUUUCCUCCGACAUCUCGAAUUAUCGUGACGGCGGCCUGCGGCGCUGUGGGCCUCGCCACGAUGCAGCUUGGAGCUCUCCGUGGCCAUCAGAUGAUUGGACUGGUGCGUGGCCCUGAACGGGCUGCGUGGAUUGCCAAGGAGCUCGUAAGGUGUGGUUCCAUUACAGUGGUCGACACCGAGUCACCCGGAUGGAUCAGGCUCGCCUGUCCUUUGACGGGCAAGGGCGAGUUGGUCGCGCCUAGCCCAGACACUGACGCCGGUGCUGGUGCCGACGGGCUCAUCGAUGGGGUCGGUGGCGAAGUGCUGACUUUGGCCAUGGAGGAGCUUCUCCGGGUGCGUGCCAUCGUCGUUCGGUACAGCGCUGUUUUGGAGGAGGAUGCGGCGCGAGUCGAUGCCGCACAGCAAAAGCACCGGCUUCUGGUGAAGGAGGGCAGCGUAGAGGAUUUUAUGGCUUCCCUCGAUGCGAUCCAGCAAGUUGAGGCCGCUUUUGCCCUCAUCGCGGAUGCGAGGUAUCGGCCGAAGGCCUGGCACGUGGCCAGCGUGAAGGAGGUUGUGGAAUGCAUGAAGGACCAGCCAAUUUGGACCCGCCAUGCGACGCAGGUCAAGCCCGGCCGAAUUGGUCGGAUCAUAUGGAAGUUCGAGUGA